CAAGCCAUCAACGAAAGUGAAAGAACCGAUCUGAGUGGUUGCUGCUUCCCUCUCAAAAGUUUUCUUCGGAUAUUUCCUCUCGUUCUUCGGUGUCUGGUAUUAUUGAAUAUUCAAGAUGCGUGAGGUUAUAUCUCUCCAUGUCGGCCAAGCUGGCGUUCAAAUGGGCAACUCCUGCUGGGAGUUGUAUUGCUUGGAGCAUGGCAUCAAGCCAGAUGGACAGUUUGAUACCGACGCGUCCGCCCAGGGGCCAGGUGACACCAAUUGCAAAACCUUUUUCUCUGAGACCAGCAUGGGAAAGCAAGUGCCUCGUGCUGUUUUCGUCGAUUUGGAACCCACUGUUCUGGACGAAGUACGUACUGGUCCGUACCGUCAGCUCUUCCACCCGGAGCAGAUGAUCUCCGGCCGUGAGGAUGCAGCCAAUAACUAUGCACGUGGUCACUACACCGUGGGAAAGGAGCUCAUCGACCAGGUGCUGGACCGCAUCACCAAAGUUGUCGACCAGUGCGAUGGCCUUCAGGGAUUCCUCAUUUGCCACUCGUUUGGUGGUGGUACCGGAUCCGGUUUUGCAUCGCUGCUCAUGGAGCGCCUGUCAGUUGACUAUGGUAAGAAAACUAAGCUGCAGGUGGCCAUCUACCCAGCACCGCAGGUCUCCACGGCUGUCGUUGAGCCAUACAAUGCCGUCCUGACCACUCACACCACCCUGGAGCAUGCUGACUGCUGUUUCUUGAUGGACAACGAGGCAAUCUAUGAGCUUUGCCAGCGUAACUUGGGUGUCCAGCGUCCAUCCUACAUCAACCUGAACCGCAUCAUCAGCCAGACCAUGUCCUCCAUCACUGCCUCCCUUCGCUUUGCUGGCUCUCUCAACGUUGACCUGAACGAGUUUCAGACCAACCUUGUCCCCUACCCAAGAAUUCACUUCCCCGUCAUCACCUACGCUCCCAUCAUCUCAGCGGAGAAGGCAUAUCACGAGACACUCAGCGUGUCCGAGAUCACUAACGCCUGCUUUGAACCAACCAGCCAGAUGGUCAAGUGUGACCCUCGUCACGGAAAGUACAUGGCAUGCUGCCUUCUCUACCGUGGUGAUGUGGUGGCUAAGGAUGUUAGUGCCUCCAUCGACUCCAUCAAGCAAAGGAGAACCGUGCAGUUCGUGGACUGGUGCCCGACUGGUUUCAAGGUUGGCAUUAGCGGUAAUGCUCCAGUUGCUGUGCCCGGCGGCGACUUUGCCAAGGUUGAGCGUGCCGUGUGCAUGCUUGCCAACACCACGGCCAUCGCUGAAGCAUGGGCACGUCUGGACCACAAGUUUGAUCUGAUGUACGGCAAGAGAGCGUUUGUUCACUGGUACGUCGGAGAGGGUAUGGAAGAGGGUGAGUUCUCCGAGGCGAGAGAGGACCUGGCUGCUCUUGAGAAGGAUUAUGAAGAGGUUGCAAUGGACACUGCUGACCCAGAAGACUCCUUCUCUCAGAGUGAGUACUAAACGACUUGUGGGAAUUCCCCAUCUGGACUUUUACUUGCCAUACCAGCACUUAGGAAAUAAUUGUCUUUGUCUAGUAGCUGCCCCAUACAAAACAUUUUGCAUGCCUUUGUCAUAUUCAUUUACGGCGUAACGCCUAUACCAUGUUCUCUCUCAUAUGAACUGACCAUUGCCAUACUUAUAACACAGCCUUGCAUGUUGAGCGUUGAUUUUGACUCGUAUGCACGGGUAUCCAGACUUGACUUGAUAUCUGCACUGUCAUGGCUGGCAUUCUGGAUAGCUGUGCCCUGACUUGUUUUAUGUUGAGUGCCUUCACCCUGGCUCAAUGCUACUCUUUCUAUAAUUGCUAUGUUUUCCUAGUCUGCUCUGCACGGUAGGGCGGACGAAAGUCGUCCUAUUCCACGAUGUUUGACAUUUUUUGGCCAUGUACCAUAUAUGGGCUUUCAUUUGCGCAUCUGCCCGUGUGUGCCGUGGCUUCGGCCUUGGAGAUGAUUUCAUGCUAUCAGCAUUUCCAUGACAA